UGGCAGUUUCAGCAACGAUGUCUACACUGCUUGGUCUUUAAAGUGAACAAGCCAGGUCCCAAAGAUGCCCCCUAUUGACAGCCAAAUGCCCAUUCCAGUGGGCCCUCAGGGUGGUGGAGGUACCAUGUCUCUGGCCACUCUGAUUGACUUCAUCAUACAGAGGACAUACCAUGAACUGACCAUUCUGUCAGAAUUGCUUCCUAGAAAGACUGAUAUGGAGAGAAAAAUUGAAAUAGUUCAGUUUGCCAGCCGAACACGUCAGCUCUUUAUCCGAUUGCUUGCCCUGGUGAAGUGGGCGAACAGUGCCAGCAAGGUGGACAAGUGCUCUGAGAUAUGUUUCUUGUUGGAGAAGCAGUCCAUGUUGUUUGUGGAAACAGCAGAUAUGUUAGCUAGGAUGGCCAGAGAAACACUUAUAACUGCAAGGCUACCAAACUUCUCACUGCCCUGUGCUGUGGACGUUCUCACAACGGGUACUUACCCACGACUUCCCUCAUGUAUCAGGGAGAAGAUUGUUCCGCCUGACCCUAUAACCAUUGUGGAAAAGAGAAACACUUUACACAGGUUGAAUCAAGUAAUCCAGUAUCGACUAGUCUCAACUGACCUGCCACGACAAAUGAGAAGACUUAGAAUAGAGAAUGGCAGAGUUAAGUUUCUGGUGGAAUAUGAAUUUGAGGUGACCUUGACCCUGAUGGGAGAUAGUACCACCAUACCCUGGAGGCUAUUGGAUAUUGAUAUACUAGUCGAAGACCACGAAACGGGAAGUGGAAAAAGCUUGGUGCAUUCAUUACAGGUCAACUACAUUCACCAGCUGAUACAGACCCGUCUACUGGACAAUGACAAACCUUUACAUGACUUGUACAGAGUGCUACAUUGUUUUUGCCAAUCCUUGCAGUUAGAAGUGCUACAUUCUCAGACUCUGCGGUUGAUCCGGGAGAGGCUAGGGGACAGUGUACGAGUUGAAGACUACACUGUGGGGAAAUGUCUGGUGAUGUCAUACUGGAGAGAACAGCAGAAGAAAGAAGCCAAGUCUGCUGAGGGUCCAACAGUUUUCAAACUGAGCAUCCAUGUGUCAGAACAGGAUCAAGGUAAACCUCUACAGAUCAGUCACGUACCCGCCAUCUCACCCGAGGAGAGUAAGAAAGUGGGACUCGCCAUCAGGAGUGAUCAUUUAUCGAUAGAGAAACUGUUAGUACAAACUGUUGAGAUAAGAACGCUGGCUAAAUUGAAGGAUUUGUCAAAAGAGCUACAGAAAUACAUAGAUGGGAAUUGUGAAAUCCGAGACAUGCCUCCUUCACUACAGAUCCCAGUUAUCUCCCCUUGUCUGAGCUGUGAGGUGCUCCGUGUGGCUGUGGACAUUCAGAGAGGCACACUGUUGGCAUCUGUGUCAUCAACAGACCACAGUGUCAUCCAGGAAAUAGAAGAUGUGCUAAAUGGUGAUAGACGAAAUUUGGAUAAACUUCUCAUCACACUUAGACUUCAUUUGGCCCUGCUUCGGUGUGAAAAGUCAGUCCAGCAUAUACCAGCUGUGUGUCUCAAGAAACUACCAUUGAUUAAUCUGUCAGGUCACCCCUUAGAGAACCUCAGUAAACACAUCAUCUAUGUCAGACUGCCCAAACACCUCAACUAUUACCUGGUCGUAGAAUUGGAGGAGUGUGUGUCGCGGACAGUGGACUACAAGUACUACCUGCUGGGGGUGACACCGACCGCUUACAGCCAGGAGGAUGACGUGACAGAUGACACAGGCAAUAAGGCUUUCCUGAGGGCAGGUCAGCUCAUGCCCAUCAAUCCUUUCUCAACCACACACGGCCCUCAUACUAAACUCUAUGAUUUGGGAGCCAGUGAAGUUGACAAUAUUACAAGGAAAAGGAAGAUGUUACUGGGUGAGAUUUCUGAGCCAGCAGCAAAGAAAACCAAAGGGUCGCCAUACUUUGUUCCAGAGCUGUGUUAUAUUUUAGCCACUUGUGAUGAGAGAAUACCAUUGGUAUAUCUGGGUGAAGAGAUGGAGAGACGGGGAAUUCCACAUCAAGGGAUUGAGAUAGAUGGUGAAGGCACAGCAAUGGCGUUGUCAAUUUUAAAGCUUCCUGAAGUGAUUGAUCUGCCCUUGUCUGUCUGCAAGCAGCUUGCAAAGGAUUUACUGUCUUGCAAAUUUCACAUUCAGUGGAAGCCUUUCAGACUAUGGCAUGUUGAGUUCCUCUUUCAUAAUAAUCCUCUGAAGAGUCAAACGACAAGAGAACAAGGUCCAGUGGACAGAGUGUACCUUGUGUUUGACCUUGGCCAGGGAUCAAAUGUGGAGAAGGUCGUGUCAGAUUUCCUGGUGGAAUGGAGUUCUGUCUCACAUCUUUAUGCAGCUGUUCAUGAGUUUGCAAGGUCAUAUAACGAUGAUCGUAGUGGAUUGAAAAACUGUGUGGAUAUCAGGUCGUACAAUUACCAAAGAUUAGUUCUCCUUUAUGGACCAAAUAAGAAUCAUGUGGUUGUCAUCAGCUGGAAAUCUGACACCCAGGCAUUUCAUCUCGCUCUUGGAACGACGGGACCUUCAGUCACAGCUAACUGCCACAUCCCUGUUCUGCCUCAGCUUCAAGAAACUCUCAACAACAACAAAUCAAUAGCCUUCCUCGCAAAGGUGCUAAGCGAGACCUGGUCACCGAUGACCUCCAUAGCCAAACUCAGUACCAUGCCCGUCACCAGCACCAGCACUGCAGUUAAGCAGUCCUUCCUGAGUUUCACCAUCAUCCCACAAACCCCAACACACAUCCGAAUUGCCUUCAGGAAUAACUACGUCCUGGAUGUCCACUGUAGAGGAGAGAGACUGGUGAAUGUGAGGGAUGGGGCGUACAGUCUGUUCGACUCAAGUAAAUGUGUGGACGGCUUCAACCCCACACAGGGGUUAAAGGCCUUCUUGAACAUGUACGUGGACGAGACAGUGUUAGCCAGCUACAGUCGUCGCCGCUCCGCCAACGAGGAUGACAACCCUCCCUCCCCGAUCGGCAUGGACUCUCUGGACAUGUUCAUGUCCCAGCAGCCCUCGGGGUCGCCUGCCUCCCGCAGACAGGACCUACGCUUCACCAACCCCAUGACACCGCCCUCCAACCCACACACGCCAGCCUCACCCAGCACUGCCAGGGUCUCAGCUGGGGGUUACCCUUCGCCAGCUGCAGCCUUCCCCCUGGCCUCACCCCCAUCCCUGCCGUCUCAGGUGGGCGCCUCUCCUGCAGCGCUAAUGGGCACCCCAUCCCCAGGCACUCUGCUGGGGGCAAACUCGCCAGGUAACCCUCACCUUCAUGUCCCCUCCCCAGGGUCGUUUGUUCCCACCCCCUCUCCCCAGUCUCUUGGAAUUCAUAUGCCGUCUCCAGCCGCCUCCUUCAUCAGCCCUCAGAGUAUGGUGGAAGGUGCGAAUUCACCUUACCCCAGCUCUGGUCUGGCAAUGCCCUCCCCUGGGGCGAGGAACUGGCCAGGGUCCCCGUCUGUAGCCGGCCCCUCUCCUGCCUCCAGGCAUGGGCUGGCCAUGUCACCAGGCUACUCUGCUCUCCACUCACCACAGAUGCUGGUGGCCAAGGACUCUGACCACAGCAGAACAUCAGUGGUGAGCCCACCCUCUCGGAUGAUCCCGUCUCGGUCAUGGGCAGCCUCUAUCCCUACCCUUCUGUCCCAUGACGGCUUUGACAAACUGCUGACACCCUGCACCCUGCCUGGGGUGCCCUUCCUUGCCUGUUCCCCCUUAGAGAGGUUCCUCGGCUGCUUCUACGUCAGGAAAAAUCUUCACAGGAUUGUACAGAAUGAAGAGACAAAGGCCACCCUCAUGCAGUGUAAUGAACCCGGGGUGACAAUGUUUAAGGUCGAGGCUCUACAAUUCCGGGUCAGCCUUAACCCCAACACACUGCAGACCUUACACAUGAAGGCUACCCCAACACCCACACCAGAAUUCCGAGACCAGUUUACUCCUGAAGACAUCCAAAUCCUUGGAAGAUACUUUGAUGUGAAGGUGGCCUGUCCCCCCUACAAAGUGAACGCACUGCGUGCCAUGGUCCGUCUGUUGGCAGCUCCAAGUCGUAUCCUCAAGGACUGCAUACAGAUCAUGAAACUGGAACUGGCCCCUCCCUCCAAUCUGAAGUGGUCAGUACAGUGGUGCCUCACCCUGCCUCCCUCUGCCCACACCAUGGCACCGCCAGGCACAGCUGCCAUCAUUGUCAAGGGUGCCAAGAUGUUCCUUAUGUUGCAGCUGACUCGUAUAGGCCUGACUUUACCUCAGGGGAAAGACCCAUUCUCUAUACUGGUGCCCCUGUUCUAUGAGAUCAACCCUAACACCAUCAGUCUGGCAGAACGAGCUCUCUCCUCCACCCCCCAGCAAACGGCCAUCAGCGGCAUGCUCAAGAGGUUUGCUGAGUACCACCAGAAACACAACGAGUGUGCUAUAUUUCCUGCUGUCAGAGAGCUGAUGACAAACCUAGUGUUGCCUCUUAGUUAGUACUGAAACUAGCUAACAUUACCACAUGCACACAUACAAUAUACAAAUAGAUUUGACAUCUUAGACAUCAAUGGAGGGAGAGAGAAUAAAACAAUAAUCUGUGAAUGAUUGCUAUAGUAUCAUCUGCUUUGGGUGUACAUGUAUUAUGAUUUCAAAGAAUUGUGCAAAACGUAAUAUAACGUAAUAUAAGCAUGCAUGCAGAUUGUACAUGUAUAACUUUUUCCAGCGUUAACGUGCUCUGUUUCCAUGUUUGUAUGGUAUAUAUAUAUGAAGCCAGGGACCAGAUUGUGUUGGCAAACAAUGAUAUAUCAUGGGAGAAAUUGUCCAUCGUGGGUUCCAAAACUUCACCAGCCUGAGAAGUGAUCAGUGAUUGGUCGUAUUUAUCGCCAGACAAUAAUCAUUGAAGUAUAUUUGAUACCAGUAUUUUCAUAUUUUGAUACAAAAAUUUUGUUUUAGUGACACAAAAUUUUGUCUUAGAUGAGUUUUCAAGCAUUUUGUUCUUGUUUUCCUUGUAUUUGCAUUUGCAGAAUUGCCGAUAAAACUAAAGUUAUCAUGCUUCAUGUGUUGUAAAUAACAAACAGCCACAGUUCGAUGUCACAUGGCUAUGUGACAACAGUCACUCUUACAUGUCAAUCUUCAUAGUAAAUAUCGUGGUAUUUUACAGAAUUUAGUAAAAACAAAAAGGUGUGCUUAAAGUUCAAAAUCAUUUUUGUCAUUGCCUGACAUAGGAAUAGGUUCAAAAGUAUGGAUGUUUUAAUGACUGGAAUAAAACGCUGUUGUUGGUUGAGAAAACUCAUAUUUCGUGUGCAACAUGCCAUGCCUUUUGUCGCCAUUAAUUGCAACACGGGUAAACUGUGUUAUAAAAAUGCCCCAGCUUAUCAGAUGGUAGUAUUGUUCUAUUAAAGUAGCAUAGGUAAAGGAUUACCUCCCUUUAUAAUCAUCGCGGACAUCUUUUGGAUUAUGCCCAUGCAUAUUUGUUAUAGUUCUAGUUUGUUUUUGUUUGUGUUUUCUGUGUAGAGGUAAAUGAUGAACCCUAAUUUAUGGCGAUGUGGCAGAUGGAUGCGCUUGUUAAAUGCUAUGAUGGACUAUGGAUGAGGAUGUAAAUUGAUUCAUGGCUUCAAUAUUAUGGGCACGUGGGAAGGUUUGCCAGCAACCUGCGGAUGGC